UGAGUGCAUAUUAUCGCCGUACGUAAACGCAUACAUAAAUCAUGUUCGUCUAACAGAUACAAAGCAACGAAGAGAAAUUAACCACCGACGAAAGCGUAGAACGCCUCGUGAAGGUUGAAAAUCAUAAACGGACGCAAUUUCGCAUUAAAGUGUAAGGUUCUCCUGUUGUUCGGCUUCGUAAACACGGCGCCAUGAUGUUCCUGCAACGCCAUAAUACUGUUACACGACAUUUCGUUCUUUCAACAGAUAAAUGUUUGUAGUCGAUACUGCAUACAACAUAUAUGAAAAGAAUAAAGCCCUCGUCAAACAGUCUCGCUACAUCAGAAUAAUCUUUAGAUGUUCAAUUCCGGAACGAGCGAAAGAGUUGGACUGAGAGACUGAGAGAAGAUAAAGAAGAAGAGAGAGAGAGAAAGAGAGAGAUUAUGAACGCUGCGAGUGGCUAUACUGUAUUACAAGAAAAUUUGCUUAGAUGUUUAUCGUGUUCGUAGAACUGUUGUCAUUAAGAGCACGAUAAAGUCAAGACGUGGAAUCGAUAAACUCGCGGAUACUUCUUUUGGAUUGUGAUGGCGAGAGGUUGGCGUCAAGAAUGUGGUAACGGGAGUGGGAGACUGUAGUAAAAACAAUGCUGGAUCGCUAAGCAAUUCACGUAUGUUGUUUUGGAACACAAAUACAGUUUAUAGUUCACAUAUUACAGUAUUCUUAACAUGGAUGAUGAAGAGGGAUCGUCAAGCUCUGGACCUAUGUCUUCAUUGAACAGUUUAUUUUCAUUUACUAGCCCUGCUGUGAAAAAGUUGCUUGGGUGGAAACAAGGCGAUGAAGAGGAGAAAUGGGCCGAAAAGGCAGUCGAUUCCUUAGUAAAGAAGUUGAAGAAAAGAAAAGGUGCAAUAGAAGAAUUAGAGCGUGCAUUGAGUUGUCCAGGAACACCCAGCAAAUGUGUGACAAUUCCACGAAGUUUAGAUGGCAGGUUACAAGUAUCACAUCGUAAGGGUUUGCCACAUGUAAUUUAUUGUAGAGUAUGGAGAUGGCCUGAUUUGCAAUCGCAUCAUGAGUUGAAGCCAUUAGAAUUGUGCCAAUACCCUUUCUCUGCAAAACAGAAGGAAGUUUGCAUUAAUCCUUACCAUUACAAAAGAGUGGAGAGUCCAGUGCUACCACCAGUACUGGUUCCUAGACACUCGGAAUAUGCCCCUGGACAUUCACUGUUGCCGUUUCAACAAAUAUCAGAGCCUACAAUGCCACACAAUGUAUCUUAUUCUUCCAGUGGAUUUACUGCUGGAUCCGCUGGAGGUGUAAAUCCAACAUCACCUAUCUCUUCUGUUGGCUCUGUUCCAAGUCCGGGGAGCACGACAUCACCAAACCCACAGAGUCCUUACGGUACUAAUGGAUUACCAGAAACUCCACCUCCUGCAUACUCUCCACCAGAAGAUGGUUCGCAACCUGGGCAGUCACCUCCACCCGAUACAGUAGCAAUGGAUACAAGUGGCUCACCUGAAGUAGCUCCAGUGUGUUACCAAGAACCACCUUACUGGGCCUCUAUUGCUUAUUAUGAAUUAAACUGCAGAGUAGGCGAAGUCUUUCAUUGUCAUUCCCAUUCUGUUAUUGUGGAUGGCUUUACAAAUCCAAGCAACAAUUCUGAUCGUUUUUGUCUUGGGCAGUUAUCUAAUGUAAAUAGAAAUUCUACUAUCGAGAAUACAAGAAGACAUAUAGGGAAAGGAGUGCAUCUGUAUUAUGUAGCUGGCGAAGUGUACGCAGAAUGUCUUUCUGAUUCUGCUAUAUUUGUGCAGUCUAGAAAUUGUAAUCAUCAUCAUGGAUUUCAUCCUAGUACUGUUUGUAAGAUUCCACCAGGAUGUUCAUUAAAGAUAUUUAAUAACCAGGAGUUUGCUCAGCUGCUCUCGCAAAGUGUUAAUCACGGUUUUGAAGCUGUCUAUGAAUUAACAAAAAUGUGUACUAUAAGAAUGUCCUUUGUUAAAGGAUGGGGAGCUGAAUAUCAUCGCCAAGAUGUUACAUCCACUCCAUGUUGGAUAGAGGCACACUUACACGGACCGUUACAGUGGCUGGAUAAAGUGCUAACACAAAUGGGUUCUCCUCACAAUGCUAUAAGUUCUGUGUCAUAAUUCGUGCAUUGUGUUUCAUUGCUAGGAGCAAAAAAAGAAAAUAGUGAAAUGUAAAAAAGAAACCUGAUGAUUUAAGAACGGAUUUUAACAUUACAUAGUACGAUAGUAAUA